AUGUCUCAGCCGGGAAGUCCCACAGGAGUGGGGGCUACCCAAGGAGAGGAAAUGUUACUGAGACUGCUUCAAGGGCAGCAAGAGCAGCUUCAGAGGCUGCAAGAGAUGAUGGGAGCCCAGGUUCAUGGGCAACAGCAGCUUGCAGCUGCAACGCAGAGCUUUGCUUCGGCUAGUUCGGCCACAAAGGGACGUGGCUUGAUUGAUGUGAAAGCUGUGGGGCGACCGAGCCAGCUGGGCGGUACAUUGGAAGAAGCGUCGCGCAAUUGGCGCCAAUGGUCGUAUCGUCUUGAGCUUUGGCUAGCCUCGCAAUUUCCGGAUGCUAGGAAGAUCCUUGCUUGGGUCAAGGAAAAGGGUGAUACCGAGAUUCCUUUGGCAAGCCUGGAGUCGACUUCGAUUACGGGCGUUGCCAAGGAAGCGGUGCUGGAAUUUAAUCGCCAGCUUGAGGUGGUGCUUGGGACGCUUACCAGCGAUGCGCCUGGGGACAUCACGAUGAAUAGUUCGACUGGGUCAGGUUUGGACAUGUUCCGGCGGCUGCACGCCCGCCUGGAUCCAUCGGAUAUGGUCACCAGCAUGAGGUGGCUAAGGUCACUUAUGAGCACUUCGGCGGUGGACUCCGUCACCGACCUGGUGCCAGCCAUUGAAAAAUGGGAGGAUGCUCACCGGCGGUACAGCCAGCGAAAGGACUGCGCACCUUUGACGGAGCAGCAGAAGAUGGUUUCUUUGAUCGGCCUCGCGCCGUCUGAGCUUCAGGGCCACCUGGAGCUAAACCUGGGAAGGCUCAGCAGCUAUGAGUUGCUGAGGAGAGAAAUGGUGUCCUUUGCGGAUACCAAGCGGGCCUUUACGGCCACGGACGGUGCUGUGCCAAUGGAGGUGGAUGCUUUGAAGGGUGCCAAAGGACCGAAGGGAAAAGGAAAGAAAGGAGACAAAGGAAAGGACAAGGCCAAAGAAACCAGGACCUCGGGCAAGGGUAACAAGAACCGGCCAAAGGGCCGAGCCAACGAGCUUGACGGCACGGAGGGCGGCGCCAUGGAUGGGGCCGGCGAUGCCGAAUAUGAAGCCGAAGAGCCUGAUGAGGAAGCCGAGUUGGGCUUUAUAGGGGCUCUGGAUGGCGAGGGCGAAGCUGACCCUGAUGGGGACCCUGCCGAUGGCAGGGAAGAUGGAAGCGGAGGUGAUGGAGCGCUUCGUUCCUCACCUGGUGCCGACACCUCUGGGGCCGGGAGCUCCACGGAUCCCCCGGCACCCAAGGCUAAAGCCAAGGCGGGAUCAGCCAGUUCCACCCCAGUGGGCCUAAGGAUGGCCGAUAUGAGUGUGCUGAACAAGCUUCAGGAAAGGCGAAGGGAGCUUGAAGCUCAGAUCGCCGAGGUGGAAGCCAAGGGCAGUGAAGGUGACCAAGGGGAGCUCACCAUGCACCGGCUGAUGCUGGAUAUGGUUAAGGGUCAGAUCAAGAGGGCCCAGGAGCUCAAAAGGAACCGAGAAGAAAGGAUCUCGGCUAGGCUUCAGGCCGACCUGAAUGCGGGUCACAACCCGCGGCUGGCAAAGCGGAAAGAAAAGAGCCGCCAGAGAGCGGCCAAGCACCGACAAAGCCUCAGGCUAGGGCAAGCCAAGGCACGAGUUAGAAGGGAGGAAGCCCUGGAGAGGAGGUUCAAUAUACCCGAGAGGCCACGCAAGCAGGAUGAAUAUCCGUUGCUACCCAGUGCUGGUUCCAAGGUGGCUGCACCACCCUCUCGCCGGGAAAAGGCUAUGAUGAGGGGCGAAGGCGAGGACCGCGAGCACUCUGGGGAUGAGCUCGACGAGCCCAAGGAAAGGGACUGGAGUGCCAAGCCUCGGCGGCUAACGCCAGAGGGCCGCGAAGGCAAGAGGCUGCGAGAGCAGAAGAGGAAGAAAAGAAGGGCUCAGGAGAUGAAGGAAGAAGCGGGUGGUGGACCGCCUCGGUCCCCACCGGCGGGGGUUCGCGGAACCGACCGGCCCAGUGAGCCGAAGGGGCCACCGCCUAAGCUGCGGCCGACCCCUAAGGUUCGGGCGACGCCCAAAGAGCCGAGUACUCCGCCACCGGGCCAUGAAAAGGGCAUCUCCGAGCUCACCCUCAGCCAGAAAAGAAAGGUGGAGGAGGCAAUCGCCUCUGCACCUUGGAGGGCCGAGCCCAAGUCCCGAGGCAGGCCCCAGCUGAACAAGUACAGCCAGAUGUACUCGAGGUUUGUGAACUACCUCAAGGGCUACCGACCAGCCCUGCCGGAGAAGCAGAUCCGCCGCAGGGGCCUUGCGAAGCAGUACCAGGCUGCAACCCGGUUUCGCGCAAGGGUUGGAAUCCGGAGGAAACUCCGGGCCCUGGCCCCAAGGGGCACGGUGGGCGAAACGAUCGCCAACCGGGACCUGGAUGAUGACAGCGACUGCCACUCGUGCCACAGCAGGCGUGUGAAGACGACCGAGCCUGCAGACCGCUUUUACAAGAAGCGGCGGGCAGCAAGGGCCAAGCAAAAGGCCAAAGAGCUCCUGAGCGAAGACGAGGAAGAAGACCAAAGGGGUUACGAUGACCCCGACACAGACUCAGACCCCGGCCACCGACCUUUGGGCCGUGGGCCAAGGAGCCCACCAGGCGGUGGGGAAGGAGCCAAGGAGGCCGUGGUGUACUCCUUUGAGCCAGGGUUUGGUGGGGCCGCUUCGGCUACCACCAUCCAAGUGAUCCUGGAUAGUGGGGCGAGCCACAAUGUGAUCCCACAAGAGUGGGUGAAGCACCUGGAAUGGGGACCCGCCGAAGGACCGGCAGGCUUCCGCACCGCAGACGGAAGCUGGCUGCCAAACCUCGGUACGGCCGUGGUGUCUUUGAGGUCGACCGAAGGGUUUUCCUUUAAGGUCCGGUUUUGCGUGGCCUCGGUGCAGCGUGCGCUUCUCAGCGCGACCCAAGUGCUGAAGCUUGGGCACACGAUCGUCCUGAAAGGAUCGAGAGCGGUGAUCCGUGUGAAAGGAAGCGAGGAGAAAACUUUGGUGUUCAAGAUCCUUGGGUCGCCUAAGGCGACGUUUGCUUUCAAGGGUUUCCCGCGGCACUGCCCGGAGGAGGAGGAAGCUGCUUCAGCGACCUCCCAGCCACAGGUCGAUGAGGGUCAGUCUGCUCAGCCGUUGGCCCGGCCAGACCGACCAACGCCCGAGAUGAUAGCAGCUCAUGAGGUUUCCCACGUUCCAUACAGGAGUUGGUGCAGAGCCUGCGUUGCAGGUCGUGGUCGAGCCUACCAGCACAAAGCCUCGGGUCAGGAGUCCACGGUGCCUGUCAUCAGCAUGGACUACCUCUACUUCAAUGAGAGGACCGAUGGCGCUGGACUGCCCACCAUAGUCCUUCGCGAUCGCCACUCGAAGGCUAUCUUCUCGCACCUCCUCCCGUGCAAGGGAACGACCGGAUCUACGCACCCUGAGCGAGCUAUCUUGAAGGACCUUGAAUUCCUAGGGUACAAGAAACUGGUCCUAAAGAACGACCAAGAAGCUUCUAUCAAAGCUCUAUCUCUCGCUGUUCGCAAUGGCUUCAGUGGGGAGAUUGUUCCGGAAGAGUCACCUAAGGGGGACCACCACGGGCAGAGCAACGGGGAAGCUGAGAGGUCCGUUCAGACAGUGCAGGGUUUAGUGCGGACCCUGAAGGCCAGUUUGACCGAGAAGGGCAUUACCCUUGAACCCACCUCAGCCGUGUUUGCCUGGAUGAUUGAAUAUGCUGGUGUGCUGCACACCCUGUUCAGUCAAGAGCUCCAUGAAGGGUUGACGCCUUUUCAGCGAAUAAAGGGGCGCAAGUGGCAAGUGGCUUUGCCAUGCUUCGGUGAAGCUGUGGACUACCGCCGCAAUACGCGCUCAAAGCUGGAUUCGCGAUGGCAAUCUGGAGUUUAUCUGGGCCUACGUCUGCAAAGCACGGAGAAGAUCGUGGGGACCAACCAAGGGAUCUUUGUGGUCCAGAGCAUCAAGCGGAAACCCGAGGGCCAACAAUGGGAUUCCGACUUGGUCAAGGCAGUUCGUGGAUUGCCCUGGAAGACCUCACCGGACGAGACUGGAGAUGGUGCUCGAUUACCCGAGCCACUGACCGUUCGAGCUCAAGUUGAGGAGGGACUGCCUCCACCUGCUCGCGAACUGGUUAAGCCCGAAGUAGCACCCUUCAGACGUACCUACAUCCGCCAGUCUGACCUAGACAAGUUUGGGUAUACGGCUGGAUGCGAGGCAUGCUCAGCAAUCCGUGAGGGUCGAAGGAGAACAGGCAUCAACCAUACUGAGCACUGCCGCUCAAGGAUCAUGGAAGCCCUAAAGGAUUCAGAAAGCGGAAAGGCCCGACUGGAACGCGAAGAGCAGCGUGAGAGUGAAUUCUUCGAUAAGGUGAACAAAGCAGAAGAGAAGAAGAGGAAGGUGAGUACUGAGCAGGAGGCGUCCUCUUCCACAGACCCUCCAGCGGCCCAACCUUCCAGACCUCUGACCAUUGCUCGCCAACCGCCUUUGAGGCCAGAGGUUCCGAGCGAACCUAGCUCUCUGCCACCUGGUGGUGCGGCUGCUUCAGCUGCGCCCAGUGGGGGCCAGAAGAGAAAGAGUGAAGGCGGGGGGGACGAAGGUCGUGCCGAGCUGGCACCUCCUGACGCAAGGUCCGAAGGUCAGAAGCGCAGAUCACCUGAGAAUGCCGAAGGCAUGAUCGAAGAGCUCAUUCUUCAAGAGCGCGAAGGUUUCAUUGCCAGUAUCGAAAACGAGGAACAACCCACGUGCGACUUAGAGGACGACUUGUGGGAGGAAAAGUUCUACGACGAGAAUACUGGUAAAGAGCUUCCCGCCGAAGGUGUCAAGCAAGCUCGCAUGGAGGAGAUCCAAGUUAUCAAAGACAUGCAGGUUUGGGAGCCGAUUCCAAGACCCCCUGGCGAACGGGUCAUCGGCACCAGAUGGAUUGACAUCAAUAAGGGGGAUGAUCUUCGAAAGAAACUGCGCUCAAGGCUGGUAGCACAAGAACUGAAGAGAAAGAAAGGAGUCAACGAAGAUCCGAGCUGGACCGAGUUCUUUGCGGCAAUGCCGCCAUUGUCCUCAUUGAGGGCUCUCUUCACACUGGCUACAACUGGGCGCGUACCCGGCCCAAACAAGAAAGCCUUCCAGAUGAACGAGCAUGGUGAAGUCUGUGUGCUGUUCAUUGAUGUGAAGAAAGCUCACUUCUGGAGUCCAGUCAGGAGGCGACUCCUCGUGGAGCUCCCACCAGAAGCGGGAGAAGGACCUGACAAGGUCGGCCUUCUCAAAAGGAGUCUCUACGGAACCCGUGAUGCACCGAGCAACUGGGAACAUGCCAUCAAGAAAGUAAUGACCGACUUGGGUUUUAAGCAAGGGGUGUCCAACCCGUGCCUUUACUUUCACCCUGAGCAUGGCUUACGUUGCAAUGUGCAUGGAGACGACUUCACAGUCGUCGGGGGCUACAACAAGCUUCAAUGGUUGAUUGAGUCACUUCAGAAAGCGUGGACAAUUGAGGUGCGAGGAAUCUUGGCACGGCCCGGCUCGAGCCUGCCAGGAGUUACUCACAGCAUCUAUGUGCUGAACAGAUUGGUCACGUGGACCAACGAAGGGAUUGAGAUGGAAGCCGAUCCUCGGCACGUGGACCUGGUGUUGGAACACCUGGGUUUGAAUAACUCCAGCCCUGUUACCACACCACUUGUUAAGAGCACAGGGGAUGAGGAUGAAAGUCCACUCUCCAAGGAAGAUGCUGGACUCUAUCGGUCCAUAGCAAUGAGAAUUGGGUAUCUGUCAAGCGACAGACCCGACAUGCUUCGGACUGGGAUACCUGGCACUUAA